AUGGAUCAAUCGUUACCGGACCAUUACGAAACCCUCGGGGUUUCUUAUAAUGCUGUUGCACAGGAUAUCAAGAACGCCUUCUUCGCAUUGGCUAGAACCCACCAUCCCGAUAAAAAUAAUGGAGGACCAACAAAGGAAUUUGUGAAGGUCAGAACGGCAUACGAAGUCUUAUCCGACAGAGAUCAGCGAAAUGUUUACGAUCGCCAAUUUCAAAAAGUGAGGCCUAAUGUGGAAUAUAAAAGAUGGGAGGCAACAGACAACUAUACCUACGAGAGAAAACGGGAACGACGGUAUUCAUAUAGGAGAGGAUCGAGUGCAAGCGAAGCUCCAAAAUGCUCUGAAGCACAAGAGGCGGAAGAGAGGAGGAAAGCAGAGGAAGAGAAUAUCAGGAAAGCACGCGAAUCGUUGGAUGCUCUUAUGAAAGAGCUGGAGGCAAUUUCCGGGCGUCUAGAAAGAAGAGAAUAUUGA